AUGUAAGCGAAAAGAUUAGUUCUUGACCCUUUUUGUUACAGACAGUUUGGAAAAUAAGGAAGUUAAUAAAUUCUUUAUGACCGAGAGAAAUUUGUGGAAAAGGUGAAUGAAGUAUACAGAAAGGAAGAUUUAAAGGAUGGGUAUAAUUAAUCGUAUAUUGUAGUUAUGCUCCAUUCUGUAAACAUAUAUUUAUAGAAAAUUUCACAGAGACACCCAAUUAUAUAUUGAAAAUAACAUAAGAAAAUGAGUAUUUAAUUAAAACAGCAUAUAAAGCAAGAAAUGAAAGAGAAGUAUAAUUUAUUAUUUAAUUGCUAAGUUGGCUGUUCUAACAAGGUUUAUCCCAGCAGGUUCUAUUGAGUUGCAAAAAGCAAAGUAUUUAGACAUAAUCCUCUACUCAAAAGAAUAAAUUACUAAAGAAAAUAAAUCAUAAGGAGUUGAGGAUAUUCAUGGUGAAAUUGAUUAUGAUUUUGGCAUAAUUUCUAUCAAACCAUAAGAUGAAAAUACUGAAAUACCAAUGUUACCUAUUACAUCGAUGAGAAACUCAUUAGGAACUAAAGAAGGAGGCUCAGGAGUUGAGAUGAACAAAGAAGAGUAUUUAAAAUCUGUGGACUUUUGGUCAAAACAUAUAUUGGUUGAGUGAUAUUAAGUUAGACAUAUA